UUCGGUCUGUCCAAGAUAUUAUAUAGAGAUGCGGAGACAAGAAAUGAGGCAAGAGAUCAAACCCCCUUCACUGUGUUUGAAAUCUGCUUCCAGGUCUGCAUCGCUUGCUGGAGGAUUUCUUCCAUCUGCUACAAGAGUUUUCUUCUUUGGGAUUCGUGUGGUAUGCUCGUCUAGGACAUGGACUUCGUGAACAGAUAAGCAAACAAAGAAGAAGGCGAGUUUGUUCGCGUUUAGUCAUUGCUCUAUUUUCAGGAGGACUACUCUUGGCUAAUCCAACCUGAGAUCGAAAACAUCCUCACAAGGAGGCAGUCCUGUCGGGACAAAACGAAAACUCCUCAACACGAAACGAAAGUUCGUGGAGAUCACACAAACUGUCGGCUUAUUUCUGCCCGUCGGACAAAUGGCUACGAUCGCUAGGGCCGUCACUGGUGCCCUCAGAUUACAGGGAAAAGUGGCUGUGAUCACGGGAGCUGCAAGCGGAAUUGGGGAAGAGACGGCGAAGACGUUUGUGGCACACGGUGCAAAAGUGAUCAUUGCCGACAUUCAGGACGCUGCUGGAGAGAAGUUGGCACGCGAGCUCGGCGGACCUGACACAGCCCGCUUCAUCCAUUGCGAUGUGAGCCAAGAGGAAGAUGUUGCAGCGGCUGUGGAUCUCAGCGUCAGUGCGUAUGGAGGACUCCACGUUAUGUUUAACAAUGCUGGUGUGCUUGUGCCUGGCUGCCCGCUUGAGGAAACAUCCAUGGUGGAAUUCGAUCGUAGCUACGGCGUUCUCUUGAAAGGGGCAGUCAUGGGAGUGAAACACGCCGCCAGAGUGAUGAAACCGAUGCAAACGGGCAGCAUCAUUACCACAGCGAGCGUGGCUGCGCACAUCGCAGGCCCUAGUAUGGCUUAUACGACUUUGAAGCACGCAUUGCUGGGACUGACUCGCUAUGCAGCUUGGGAGCUCAGGGACUUCAAUAUCAGAGCGAACACCAUUUCUCCUGGUGCGAUCUGUACACCGAUUAUGAAGGAUGUCCCUAAAUUUUUUCUCGAGCAAAUGCAGGCCUCGUCAUUUUUCCCGAAGAUGAAGACUAGUGUCUCGCACAAAAUUGCAGGGCCUGACAGUAUAGCGAACGCAGCUCUGUUUCUAGCCAGCGACGAUUCUGCUUACGUGAGUGGCGAAGACUUGGCGGUAGAUGGAAGUCAUAUGUUGCAACCUGGGGAUCCAUUGAGAGAAGCCUAAAAGUUGUCUGGCGGCAAGCAAAUCUGCUCUCAACUAAACAGCCUUCUUACAUGAAUUGAUACUUGUGGAGACAAGGUGCAGAACAAAAGGUAGCUUUUACUCAUAGAAUAGGUCAGAUUGUACAAAGAGGCCAGCAAGGGGAGCACUAGCAAUUGACAAGAUCUAUCAAGCAAUAAACAGCUAUCUACCGUGUCCCAUGACUUAAUCAAAUGUCUGGGUAGAGUAGCUAGCUGCUGCACUGCUCAUCUCCGAGAUCAAUGAUAUUAAAUCCGACCCCUAGACUCAUAUUGAUUUAUUUGUAAAUCAAGCUGAAAAAGUUGGAGGUGCACAUCUUCCUAGAUCACACCUUGAUUCCAACACUUGGAUCAAGUUAUCCAACUCUAUGUAAACAGUCCACAUAAAUAUUGUCGGGAAUCUUAGUGGCCCCUCAAAUAUAGUAUACGU